UUAUCACAUCAGGGAUCUUAACUACUUCUGCUUGUUGCUCCCAUAUCAUAAUCAUGAUGACACUCAUUUUCAAUGAUAGUGUGCAAAGAGCAUUAAUUAACUUGUAAGAGUAUCUGCUCUGAUGUGCAGAAUUAUAUGCCCCAAGUGUUGUGCCUAUCUUUCUGUCAAGUUUGUUGUGUACUGUCGUCUAAUAUAUGAAGUGAAUUUUUAUCUAUUAGUUUAUAUGCAUAACAUUUAACCAUUGCAUCAAUAUUGUUUGUUUACUUACACCAGAUGCAAUUGUGUACUGGGGGAUACCUGCUUUCUAUGAAUUAAUUGUUCCUUACAUAAUCUGGAGUGUAACUUUCUUAGUGGGCUGGUCUAGAGCUAGUCCAUUUAAAAGUGAGCUAGUUUUUAGUUGAGCAGGCCAAUGGGCUGGCCAUAACCCAUUAGGCCAUGUGGGCUUUUGUCUUUGUGUACUUUUCUGGUCAUGGGCUUUUGACUGGCCCAUGUUUACAAAUCUAGCAAUGAAUUCCUUUCCCCUUUCUUCUGAUUGUACAUAUGAUUAUUGUUGAAACAUUUUCUAUCUUGAAUAAAAAAAAUAAAAACCCAUUUUAUUCUGCUAAUGAGUGAGUAUUUUCUUUGUUGGCUACAGAUGUAUAAUCAUGUAUGCAAUAAUAGUAGCUGCUCGCGGUUCUUGUUUGUAGUGAGGCACUUCUCUAGAAUUCGUCCCCCAAGGCCCGUUUCUGUUAAACCAGUAAUCAGAGUAUCUAACAAUAUUUCCCGCUUGGAUGCUCCCAAAGAAGGUCCAAAACCCAGACAGCAACUAUCAUUGCCUCCUUUUCCUGGUCACCCCUUGCCUGGCAAGAACUUAGUUAGUUAUCCUGGACAGCAUGAUCACAUUACUGCUGUCAAUUGGAUUAAGUAUUAUUUCAAGGUCGCAUGGGGUUCUGUCAUUGAGUCCCAUUUCAGGGAGGGUCUUGUACAAAUGGAGGACCUUGUUGAUGAUGACACUUCCACUCAGAAGGAAGAGCUAAUAAAACCUAUGCGGAAGAUUAGGCCUAAUGAAGUGAUGAAACGAGGUGCCAGAGUUCAUGUUCCUGUAUCAAUUGCUGAGAGUAGGAUUUCCAAAAGAUAUGAUGCUAUUCCAAGUGGAACACUAUAUCCAAAUGCUGACGAAAUUAAGUAUCUGCAAAGGCUUGUGAUUUACAAGGACUCAGCUAUUAUUGUGCUAAAUAAACCUCCAAAAUUGCCGGUUAAGGGGAAUCUGCCAGUUCAUAAUAGCAUGGAUGCAUUGGCAGCUGCAGCACUGUCUUAUGAUUAUGAUGAGGGUCCUAAACUGGUUCACCGUCUUGACAGAGAGAGCAGUGGCAUCCUUAUACUGGGGAGAACCAAAGAUAGUAUAUCUCACCUCCAAUGGCUGUUCAGUAACAUUAAUAAUGCAAAAUCUUCUUGUAAGGCUUGGAAUGAUGCAUGUGAAGCUACAUAUCAGCGGUAUUGGGCAUUAGUCAUUGGAACUCCCACGGUUAAGGAAGGCAUAAUUCAUGCUCCUCUUUCUAAGGUGCUUCUGAAUGAUGGGAAGACUGAGAGGGUAAUUCUAGCUCACCAUUCAAGUGUAGAACCUCGCCAAGAGGCUGUAACUGAGUAUCGGGUGCUUGGUCCAAAGAUAAAUGGAUGCUCAUGGGUUGAGCUGCAUCCACUUACUUACCGGAAGCAUCAGUUGCGUGUCCAUUGUGCUGAAGCACUUGGCACCCCAAUAGUGGGUGACUAUAAGUAUGGCUGGUUUGUGCACAGCCGAUGGAAACAAAUGGCACGAGUGGAUAUUGAGCCAACAACUGGAAAACCAUACAAGAUGCGGAGGCCAGAAGGCCUAGAUGUUCAAAAGGGAAGCGUUUUAUCAAAGGUUCCUCUAUUGCAUCUUCACUGCAGAGAACUUGUACUUCCCAACAUUGCUAAAUUUCUGCAUGUUUUGAAAAAUAGUUCAGAAGAACUGCACACUUCACUUAGCGAGCAACCUGAUGUUCUUCGCUUUGUGGCAACAAUGCCUUCUCAUAUGAGAAUUAGUUGGAAUCUUAUGUCAUCGUAUUUAGUGUGAAAAAAGUUCGAGACGCAAUUUGUUAAUUUACUCAGAAAAAGAAAGUGCCAACUAGUAUUUAAAAUGAUAGU